AUGGCGGUGGCACAAUUUAGUGGUGGUGCGGUCUCUAAUGGAAUGGAAAAUGGAAGUAGAGAAUGUAACACCGUGAAUGAAGCGACAAGGGCAUUUUCUCCACAACAUUCAAGGCGAAUUCACAAUUUUUCUAGGUUAGUUAUUCAAAAGAUGUUGAGCUAUGCAGAUGUUGUAAGGCAUUGCAGUCUAUCCGCAAAGCACCGACCAAUGCUGGCAUCACUAGUUAUUCAUCAGAGAAAGCACAUUUUUAAAGUGUCCAAUUAUCAAUCAAGUUCAGAUUGUGGUGUGCAGUCUUCUGAUGUGGAUGAGACUCCUUCUACAGAAGAACAUGACCUCUCAAGUUCAAGGGAAAGAAUUCCUGAGGCAAAAGGGAUUGGUCCAUCGGAGACGGCGAACGAAAGUGGAAAGGAGUUGACAGGGAUAUCUACUAGUCAAUCACGUCAUCAAGAUGUCAAACGUGAACUUGUAAUGCUUUCUUUGCCUGCAAUUGCUGGACAGGCUGUUGACCCCUUCGCACAACUGAUGGAGACAGCAUAUAUUGGUAGAUUAGGCCCUGUGGAGUUGGCUUCAGCUGGUGUUUCCAUAUCAAUAUUCAACAUUAUUUCAAAACUAUUUAAUAUGCCUCUUGUCAGUGUGGCUACAUCUUUUGUGGCUGAAGACCUGUCAAAGAAUGCGGUCAGUUCUCCCACCGGAGGUCGGCAAGAAGGAAAUACCAAUGGUAAACUGCUUGACAGGGCAGGUAAAAGGCAGCAACUAUCCUCCGUAUCUACAGCUUUAACUUUGGCUGUUGGCAUUGGCAUCUUUGAGGCUGUAGCCCUGUCUUUGGGAUCUGGACUGUUUCUUAAUUUGAUGGGCAUCUCAUCGGCUGACUCCAUGCACGCACCAGCACAGCGGUUUCUUUCUUUGAGAGCCCUUGGUGCUCCUGCAAAUGUAGUUUCGUUGGCUCUACAAGGCAUUUUCCGUGGAUUUAAGGAUACAAAGACUCCAGCAUUAUGUCUAGGCAAGUUUUUGAUAAAGUCUUGGUCUGCAGGGAUUGGUAACUUUUCGGCUAUAUUUUUGCUUCCCAUACUUAUUUAUUAUUUUCGGCUGGGUGUAACUGGAGCGGCCAUUUCUACUGUUGUGUCUCAAUAUAUUGUAACCUUUUUGAUGAUGUGGUUUCUCAAUAAGAGAGUGGUGUUAUUGUCUCUGAAGGUGGGAGCACUGCAAUUUGGUGGCUAUCUGAAGUCUGGCUUGACAACCGAGCUUUUGGUGUUCCCUGGCCAUCAUGAUCAUAUCUUUGAACUCAACAGUAUAAAGAGAUUAUAG